AUGUUUUCCUGUGGAAAAUAUUGCCUGUUUCUUGUUCUGCUCACCAAAAGUAACCUGGCCGACCAAGGAGUCUCCAAUCAAGUGAUUCUCUUGGACACCACAGCAGUGCUGGGGGAACUGGACUGGAAGACCUAUCCUGUUAAUGGGUGGGAUGCAAUCACAGAGAUGGAUGAACAGAACAGACCAAUCCACACCUUCCAAGUUUGCCACGUAAUGGAGCUGAAUCAAAACAACUGGCUUCGAUCUGGAUGGAUACAGCGACAAGCGGCGCAGAGGGUAUACGUUGAACUUCGCUUUACUCUGAGAGACUGCAACUCCAUUCCUUGGGUAUCAGGCACCUGUAAGGAAACCUUCAACCUUUUCUACCUACAGACAAAUGAACCGCUUUCUUCAGCGACACGUUUUCGACCAACGGACUAUGCCAAGGUUGAUACCAUUGCAGCAGAUGAGAGUUUUACUCAGACAGAUCUUGGCGAUCGUGUUCUGCGCCUGAACACUGAAGUCAGAGAGGUUGGGCCAUUGAGCCAGAGGGGUUUCUACUUAGCCUUCCAGGACGUUGGAGCUUGCAUUGCUCUUGUCUCUGUUAAGGUAUUCUUCAAGCGCUGCCCAUCAACUCUGCGGAAUCUGGCAGUAUUUCCGGAUACUGUUCCACAUAUGGACUCUUCCUCUCUGGUGGAGGUCAAGGGUGCCUGUGUUGAAAAUGCGGAAGAGAAAGACACGCCAAAAUUCUACUGUGGUGCUGACGGAGACUGGCUGGUGCCACUGGGACACUGCGUAUGUAGCGUUGGCCACGAAGAAAUGGAUGGCUACUGCCAGACUUGUAAACCUGGUUUCUUCAAGCCGUUUGCUGGCAACAUGAAAUGUGUCCAGUGUCCACUACAUAGCUCCAGCCAUGACCAGGCUGCCACCAUGUGUCAUUGUGAGAAAGGCUUCUAUAGGGCUAACAAAGACCCCUCCACAAUGGCUUGUACAAGGCCUCCAUCAGCACCAAGGAACCUGGUGUCAUUAAUCAAUGACACAGCUCUUUUCCUGCAGUGGAUGCCUCCAAGUGACACAGGUGGCCGUAGUGACAUCACCUACAAUGUACUAUGCCAGCGAUGCGAUAGCGACAGUAGUGGGAUGCAGUGUGAGCCUUGUGAGCCAGACUUGAGAUUCAUUCCACGAUCAUUGGGGCUGACUGGGAUCUCUGUGGCCAUACUAGAUUUUGCAACACCCGCCAACUACACCUUCCUUGUGGAGGCUGUGAAUGGUGUAUCUAGGCUGGGUGUGGCUGCACGAGCGCUGAUAAACGUCACUGUCAAUACACACCAAGCUGGUCCCGCUCUGGUGGGUGUUAUUAAGAAGGACUGGUCCUCUGAUAAUAGUAUUGCCCUCUCUUGGACAGAAGAGGAACAUCCACCGUUAGACAUUGUGGACUAUGAAGUUAAAUACUAUGAGAAGGAACAGGAGCAACUGAGCUACUCAUCAACACGGACUAAGAAUCCUAGUGUUGUGGUAACAGGCCUCAUACCCUCGACUGUCUAUGUCUUCCAUGUGCGUGCUCGAACAACGGCUGGCUAUACAGCAUACAGCUCCAACUUUGAGUUCUCUACUGCCGCGGAAGAUCCCAAUGUCGCUGAUCAGGGUCAAGUGUUGGUUGUUGUCACCGCAUCGGUUGGUGGCUUCUCGCUGUUGGUCAUCCUCACCCUCUUCCUCCUCAUAACUGGACGGUGUCAAGGGUAUAUCAAAGCCAGAAUGAAGUCACAGGAAAAGAGGAGGACGCGUUUCCGUAGUGGACAUGUUCCAUUCUCUGGGAUAAAGACUUAUGUGGAUCCAGACACGUAUGAAGACCCCACUCAGGCUGUAGAGGAAUUUGCCAAAGAGAUUGACCCUUCUUCUAUAUGCAUCGACAGGGUAAUUGGCACAGGGGAAUUUGGAGAGGUUUGCAGCGGCCGUUUGCGCAUACCUGGAAGGCUGGACAUCUCUGUGGCAAUAAAAACCCUGAAAGGUGGCUACAUGGAGCAUCAGCGGCGAGACUUUUUGCGCGAAGCAUCAAUCAUGGGACAAUUUGACAGCCCCAACAUUAUCAGAUUAGAGGGGGUGGUCACUAAAAGCAGGCCUGUGAUGAUAGUAGUGGAGUACAUGGCAAAUGGAGCGCUCGAUUCUUUCUUACGGACACGCGAUGGACAGUUCACAGUGCUCCAGCUGGUCGGAAUGAUGCGUGGCAUCGCAGUGGGCAUGGCUUACCUCUCAGACAUGGGUUACGUUCACAGAGACCUAGCGGCGCGCAACAUUCUGGUGGAUGAAAACUUGGUGUGUAAAGUGUCAGACUUUGGCAUGUCUCGAGUGAUGGAAGAAGACACAGAAGCAGCAUACACUGCCACAGUCAAUCCUUACUUUUAUCGUCAGGGAGGAAAGCUACCAAUACGCUGGACAGCACCAGAGGCGAUUGCUUAUGGCAAGUUCUCCUCUGUCAGCGAUGUAUGGAGUUUUGGGAUUGUCAUGUGGGAAGUGAUGUCAUAUGGCGAGAGACCUUACUGGGAGAUGUCCAAUCAAGAUGUCAUUUUAUCAAUGGAGGAAGGAUAUCGAUUACCUGCUCCAAUGGGCUGCCCUGUCACACUGCACCAGUUGAUGUUGCACUGCUGGCAGAAGGAGCCGAGUCAGCGUCCACGAUUCAACAACAUCCUCUGCUUCCUGGACAAACUCAUCAUCAACCCCAGUGGUCUCCUCACUCUGGUGAACGAGUCACACAACGCUGCAGUUGCAGCACCAUCUACUGGAUCCGCUUGGUCACUGCACCAAAUGUCUCCGAUGCAAAUGGAGUGUAACGGUGAAAAGACGAAAGCAUUAUUAUCAGAUUUCCCUGAUUCACCUGAUGACUUGCCCGACUACCCUCUUUUCAUCUCUAUUGGGGACUGGCUUGAUUCCAUCAAAAUGAGCCAAUACAAGAACAAUUUCAUUGCAGCAGGAUAUACAACGCUGGAUUCCAUUUCAACAAUGAGUGCAGAUGACAUCAGACGAAUUGGGAUCUGUUUGAUUGGCCACCAGAGGAGAAUCAUUAGCAGCAUACAAUCUCUGCGCCUGCAGUUUCACCACAUCCAACAUAGUGGCUUUCAAGUGUGA